AUGAAAUGGGAUUUGUACGAUCCAGUAACUAGAAGGGAAAUCGAAGGUAAUCGAGGCAUCUAUGAUAACUAUAAUCCAGAGCUUGGUUGUGUUGAGGUAAAUGACCCCUCAAAAAUGGUCAGAAUGUCGCCAGGUGAAAUCUACAGGGACCUGACCGAACUCAAACAUUUAAAGAUAAAUAAAUUGUCUCUCGAAGGGGUAAAAAGAUACAAGAACAAUAUCUCUACAGUUAUAACUGAUUCAGAGAAUGAAGACUUCUUGGUGGUUGCUUGCAACUCUGAGCUUGUUCUCUUUGAUUUUGACAAAACAACUUUGAUGCCAAACACUAGGCCUGUUUUGAGAUUCGAUACCAGGCCUGCGUCAACGUCUACAUCAGAUAGGCUUGUUUCAACUUGGCCUCAAUUCCCUCACACCAUUAACUUCUUAAAGUUCAACGAUAAUUUCACGGGACGACCUGUCUUAGGAGCUUGCGUGGAUGAUGGGAGUCUAUUAAUUUGGUACACUGAAACGAUUAUUAAUUUUAUAAAACGUUUUAACUUGACGAAAAGGUCACAUGUGCAAGAUGGAGGAGAUCUUUACCAGGACAAUAACAGGUUCUUCGGGCUUAAAAUAAAUCCUGACUUUAAGGUCAAGAUGGAAUCAUCUCUAUGGGGCUUGGAUUUCCUUUCAUACAAAGAUAGCAUGGGCUCUACUCAUAACUUGAUAGCUGCUUCUGACAAUUCGCAGAUGGUCACUUUCAUAUAUUACGAUACAUCUAGUGAGGAGUAUUACCAUGUCAAAACCCAUCAAGUAUUACACAACAUUCCGGAAGUUUCAUUCAUAAGUCAUGAAAUUAAAAAUAAUACUCAUGAAGUUAAAAUCUCGUGUGCUUCUAUCUCAGCAGAAUUGAUCAUCUUUAGAUUCAGAUUUCAAAUAAUAGAAGGACCGCUCAAUAUCAAUGAAGCCAAUCAUUUUACCCGAAAAGCAACUUACUAUAUUGAUCCUGCAAUGGCUCAACUUGAGCCUUCGGAGCUUGAGCUUUUGGAUAGGCUUGAUCGUGAAAGAUUUUACCGGGUUUUUUUUGUGACACCCCCGGUAAUCAGUAGAACAUUAUUGGAAGAGGACUGCUGGACAGCAAAGCCAAUUCAUUCUAAAUUUUUCCAUGAAGUUCAAUCUCUCUCGGCAGUUUUUGGAGAUCCUACUAUUAAUGAAACAGAUGAGAUUGAACAUAUCUACAACGAGUCGGUUCUUCUCGACUUGGUGUUCGAUCCCGUAAAAACGAGUCAUUUGGGUAUUGCAGCUGGCUGGCAGUUUUUUGAAUCGCGAAUCACCAGUCUUGCUGAACCUUCACAACUACAUGAAGCUAUUUCUGAGCCAGCAAAGCUCACUGGGGUUGACGAUGAAUAUAGAAGAGUAAACAAGGGUCUUUCGCGGGUUUAUAAAAGGCUUGAGCAUCGCAAAGAGGAAACCUCCAUGAAUUCAGAACUGUACAGCCUCAGAGAAAAGUAUGAUCUGCAAGCCAAAAUGUUUCUAGCUGUAUCAACAACUCGAAAACUUGGCUUAUUCCAAGCUGACACCCUUUUCUGCAAUGCUGCAACCAAGCGGGUUUUUGACUUACCCAUUCCUCAUGAUGAAAGUAAGUUCACCAACCGUAUUUCGAUUACUCACAUCAUUCCUGAACUCAGUUCUUUCAUAGCGGUGACGCAACAAGGAUUGGUUACCAUCAUGCGUUUGUGUUGUCAUAGAGGAGUGUAUGGCAUGCGCCAGGAACACCUAUUCCCCAAUGCCAUCAGCCUUGCUCUUGGCCACAAUGGGUUUAGAUCCAUCGCAGGUAUUUGUAUCCGUGACCGUUCGCCGUCCCAAGAGCUGCCACGCUUCUUGCUAUACAUUACAUACACGGAUGGGUUGGUGAUAGGUUUUGAGCUUACCAAGAGAAGAGAAGAUGAGUUGAUAAAAGUGACAUUCUGA